CGCGCUCUAGUACGCCCCUUGGCCUCAGCCAUCCUCCGCUCAUUUCAGUUUUCCCUCCUUCGUCAGCAAACAAAACCAUCGUCUUCACGGGGACGCCCACCCACGUCCACGUCCCGUACCCCCCCGUUCUCCCUUCCGAUUUGAACAUAGCAGUCAUGUUUGCCCGCAAGAGCAAGGUCGCUCUCACACUCUUUUGCCUCGUCGUCGCCCUGGGCUUGGCCACCACAUCCGAGGCGAAUUCACUCGUUCACUCCCCUCGCGACCAUGCCGACCUCAACCGCAUGAUCAAGAAGCGGGCUCCUCAGAUCGAUAUCUUCCCUACCGGCCCCAUCAUUGGUGCCGAGGGCACCCCAACCGCGUCCGCUUCGACCGACACGGCCUCCGCUACCUCGGCCACCUCUGCGUCCACGACGAGCACAGGCGCCGCAUCUGUCACCACUGGCUCGUCCACUUCGGGCACUGCCUCGGCGACCGGUGCUACCGAUUCUGCUUCGGUCACCGGCUCUUCGACGUCGGCGUCGUCCUCGAGCACUACGUCGAGCUCUUCCUCGUCCUCCGCUACUUCAAGCUCGUCCUCGUCAAGCUCUUCGAGCACGUCCUCGUCUUCCUCGAGCACGACCGACUCGCAGACUAGUACCAGCGCAACCAGCACUCCCACUGCGGAUGCUGCAACCGAUACCCUGCCGUCGUCCACCCGUACUGCUACCAGAAUCGUCACGGCUUCGACUUCUGACCAGCCCACCGGCUCUGCCGGUGCCUCUGUCUCCAGUGGCAUCAACUCGAAUAACGGAAGCCACAUCACUCGCACGACGCUCACCGUGAUCAUCGUCAUCGCCGCGUCGAUCGGUUUCAUCGCCCUUGCGUGGACCCUCUUCCGCAAGUGGAAGCUUAGGCCGUCCUCCAACUUUGACGACCGCAUGCAGCCCAUCGACUGGCAGCCUACUGGUCCCGAAGAGUCUGGCCUCCCCACCGUUCGCCGCGUCAACUCGACCGCUUCCCACGGUUCGUUCCAGUCCUCGGGCCACGGCCAUGGCGGCCUCGACCCGCUCCCCGAGCACGACUUCACUGCUGGCCCUACUGCCCUUGCGCCUGUCGGUGGCUACGCUGACCUCCAGCGUGGCCCGAGCCCGCAGCCGAUGGCUCAGCUCCAGCGUGGCCCUAGCGCGACGCGUGCUGACUACUCGGCGUACGACUACAACAAUGGCGUGCGGUACUAAGCCUCUGAGGCCUGCAGCGUAGUUAUCCUGUCCAUGCGUCGUGAUAUGAUGUAGCUGGUCGCAGCGCGAACCUAGACGUUGUAUGGAUAACAGUGGAUUGCGCUCACAACGAUACCUGUUCCUUAUGAUCAAUGCACGCGGGGCCUGUCUUGAGCUACAGCUUCCACACGCACGGGCCCCGACGCUUGCUCCCGUUACCCCUGCUGCUACCCUCUCGCCCCGUCGAUAUUCUUCAGUCCCGUUUCCCGGUCUGUCUCGAUACUUUACUACCGUCUCGUUUAACCCGGUCUUUCACCCGUGCCGGAGAAGUGCGCGAUCGAUCGAGACGUGUACCUUCUGCCCCAUUUCCGCUGGACGCUUCAACCCUUUCCCCUUGAUACCGUGUCCGCGUUUAAUUCGUACGACGAAACGGUAGUCCGUUGCUCUCCCCCCUUCUUGCUCGUCGAUGAUUUAUGUUUAUGUGCGUAUCGUGACGACUUGGCAAGACAGUGCGUCGACCCACCGUCAGGCCCGCGUGGUGUGAUGGCUAUGUCUGACUGGCCGAGUUC